AUGAAGACUGUUAGUGUUGCCUUAGUUUUGUGCCUAAACGUUGGUGUGGAUCCUCCUGAUGUGGUGAAGACAACUCCCUGUGCCCGGCUCGAAUGCUGGAUAGAUCCUCUGUCAAUGGGUCCUCAAAAAGCACUGGAAACCAUUGGUGCAAAUUUACAGAAGCAGUAUGAAAACUGGCAGCCAAGGGCCCGGUACAAGCAGAGCCUUGAUCCCACUGUGGACGAAGUUAAGAAACUGUGUACAUCCCUGCGUCGAAACGCCAAGGAAGAGAGGGUCCUUUUCCACUACAAUGGGCACGGGGUGCCCAGGCCAACGGUGAAUGGGGAGAUCUGGGUCUUCAACAAGAACUAUACUCAGUAUAUUCCACUAUCCAUAUAUGACCUGCAGACUUGGAUGGGCAGUCCUUCUAUUUUCGUCUAUGACUGCUCCAAUGCUGGCCUUAUUGUCAAGUCAUUCAAGCAAUUUGCACUACAGAGGGAGCAAGAGUUGGAGGUGGCUGCAAUUAACCCUAAUCAUCCACUUGCUCAGAUGCCUUUGCCCCCGUCCAUGAAGAACUGCAUUCAGCUGGCAGCAUGCGAAGCCAAUGAGCUGCUCCCUAUGAUCCCCGACCUGCCGGCUGACCUUUUCACAUCAUGCCUUACUACACCGAUCAAAAUUGCUCUGAGGUGGUUUUGCAUGCAGAAGAGUGUCAGACUGGUGCCAGGAGUCACACUGGAUUUAAUAGAAAAGAUUCCUGGAAGACUGAAUGACAGGAGAACUCCCCUGGGAGAACUGAAUUGGAUCUUCACAGCGAUCACAGACACCAUUGCAUGGAAUGUCCUGCCCAGAGAUCUCUUCCAGAAGCUUUUCAGGCAGGACCUGCUGGUGGCAAGCUUAUUCCGCAACUUCUUGUUGGCGGAAAGGAUUAUGAGGUCUUACAACUGUACCCCGGUCAGCAGCCCACGUCUACCUCCCACCUACAUGCAUGCAAUGUGGCAAGCUUGGGAUCUCGCAGUUGAUAUUUGCCUUUCCCAGUUACCAACGAUUAUAGAGGAAGGAACUGCAUUCAGGCACAGCCCGUUCUUUGCUGAGCAGCUGACGGCGUUCCAGGUGUGGCUGACAAUGGGCGUGGAGAAUCGCAACCCUCCCGAACAGCUCCCAAUCGUUUUGCAGGUGCUGCUGAGUCAGGUGCAUCGGCUGCGAGCUCUUGACUUGCUGGGAAGAUUUUUGGACCUGGGUCCCUGGGCAGUUAGCUUGGCCCUCUCUGUUGGCAUUUUCCCUUAUGUGCUGAAGCUCCUUCAGAGUUCAGCUCGAGAGCUGAGACCACUUCUCGUCUUCAUCUGGGCCAAAAUCCUUGCAGUGGAUAGUUCGUGCCAAGCUGACCUUGUGAAGGACAACGGUCACAAAUAUUUCCUUUCGGUCUUGGCAGAUCCCUACAUGCCAGCUGAACACAGAACAAUGACCGCUUUCAUUCUGGCUGUGAUUGUCAACAACUACAAUACAGGGCAGGAAGCCUGCCUCCAAGGAAACCUCAUUGCCAUCUGCCUGGAGCAGCUAAAUGAUCCACACCCUCUCCUGCGCCAGUGGGUGGCUAUUUGCUUAGGGCGAAUCUGGCAGAACUUUGACUCGGCCCGGUGGUGCGGUGUGCGAGACAGCGCGCAUGAGAAACUCUACAGCCUCCUCUCGGACCCAAUCCCAGAGGUGCGCUGUGCUGCUGUCUUUGCACUGGGCACGUUUGUGGGCAACUCUGCUGAGCGGACUGAUCACUCUACCACCAUUGAUCACAAUGUGGCCAUGAUGCUGGCCCAGCUCAUCAAUGACGGGAGCCCCAUGGUCAGAAAGGAGCUGGUGGUGGCUUUGAGUCACCUUGUGGUUCAGUACGAGAGCAAUUUCUGCACUGUUGCCUUGCAGUUCAUGGAAGAAGAGAAGAAUUACCCUCUGCCGUCUCCUGCUGCCACAGAGGGUGGGAGCUUGACGCCAGUCCGAGAUAGUCCGUGCACUCCGCGACUGCGGUCAGUCAGCUCCUAUGGGAACAUCCGAGCAGUCACCACAGCCAGGAACCUGAACAAGUCUCUGCAGAACCUCAGCUUGAACGAAGAACCCGGAAGCUCUGUUGCCUUCUCUCCGGGGAAUCUCAGCACCAGCAGCAGCGCCAGCAGCACCUUGGGCAGCCCUGAGAACGAAGAGUACAUCCUGUCAUUUGAAACCAUUGACAAGAUGAGAAGAGUCAGCUCUUAUUCCUCGCUGAAUUCGCUGAUAGGAGUUUCUUUCAACAGCGUUUACACCCAGAUUUGGAGAGUCCUUCUUCACCUGGCUGCUGACCCUUAUCCGGAUGUCUCAGACCUGGCUAUGAAAGUGCUCAACAGUAUUGCUUACAAGGCAACAGUAAACGCCCGCCCCCAGCGCAUCCUUGACACCUCCUCGCUCACCCAGUCUGCCCCCGCCAGCCCUACCAACAAGGGCAUGCACAUCCACCAAGUGGGAGGGUCCCCUCCCACUGCCAGCACGAGCAGCUCCAGCCUGACGAAUGAUGUGACCAAGCAGCCAGUCAGCCGGGACAUCGCAUCUGUGAGAUCCGCGAAUGUGGGCAACAUUGGCGUCCAGUAUACACCCCACUCUCACCAGUUCCCCAGGACCAGGAAAAUGUUUGACAAAGGACCGGACCAGACCACCGACGACGCCGAUGAUACCGUGGGACACAAAAACUUCAUUUCGGCCACAAUGCAGACGGGGUUUUGUGACUGGAGUGCAAAAUAUUUUGCUCAGCCUGUCAUGAAGAUUCCAGAAGAGCAUGACCUGGAGAGCCAGAUCCGCAAGGAGAGGGAGUGGCGGUUUCUCCGCAAUGCCCGUGUCAGGAAGCAAGCACAGAAGAUCAUCCAGAAAGGUAUUUCACGGCUAGACGAUCAAAUCUUCCUGAACAGGAAUCCGGGUGUCCCCUCUGUGGUGAAGUUCCACCCCUUCACGCCGUGCAUAGCAGUAGCUGACAAAGAUAGCAUCUGUUUUUGGGAUUGGGAGAAAGGGGAGAAGCUGGACUAUUUCCACAAUGGGAACCCUCGCUACACCAGGAUCACGGCGAUGGAGUACCUUAAUGGCCAAGACUGUUCUCUGCUCCUGACAGCCACAGAUGACGGCGCCAUCAGGGUGUGGAAGAACUUUGCCGACCUGGAGAAGAAUCCCGAGAUGGUGACGGCCUGGCAGGGCUUGUCGGACAUGCUGCCAACCACGCGAGGUCUGGCCCGAAGGGUUUCAAUCUAUCUUGACAGAAGUAAGCAGGGAGGAGCAGGAAUGGUAGUGGACUGGGAGCAGGAAACUGGGCUUCUCAUGACGUCAGGAGAUGUGCGGAUUAUCCGGAUCUGGGACACAGACAGAGAAAUGAAAGUCCAGGAUAUCCCCACAGGAGCCGACAGCUGCGUGACCAGCCUGUCCUGUGACUCUCAUCGCUCGCUGAUCGUGGCAGGGCUUGGCGAUGGUUCCAUUCGUGUCUUCGACAGGAGGAUGGCUCUGAGUGAAUGCCGCGUCAUGACCUAUCGGGAGCACACAGCCUGGGUAGUGAAAGCCUAUCUGCAGAAGCAUCCUGAAGGCAACAUCAUGAGCGUCAGCGUGAACGGUGAUGUUCGUUUCUUCGACCCCAGGAUGCCGGAGUCUGUGAGGGUCCUGCAGAUAGUCAAAGGGCUGACUGCCCUGGACAUUCACCCGCAGGCCAAUCUCUUUGCCUGCGGCUCCAUGAAUCAGUUCACUGCAAUCUACAAUGGGAACGGUGAGCUGAUCAACAAUAUCAAAUACUAUGAUGGAUUUAUGGGACAAAGAGUUGGAGCCAUCAGCUGCCUGGCUUUCCAUCCUCACUGGCCUCACCUGGCAGUCGGCAGCAAUGACUACUACAUCUCAGUGUACUCGGUGGAGAAGCGGAUCAGAUAACAGCACACGGCAGCCUGGUUGGAGAGAGGGGAGCCCCACCAGGCAGGGCCACCUCUCAUCCGUAUUGUACAUAGUGAAACUAUCGACUUGAAUGUUUAGUGUUGGCUGCUGCUGCAACCCAUGACUUGAACACAUUUUUUUCCUUCUGACUUAGCUACUGAAUGAUUUUGAGAGGGGGGGCAAGAGAGACAAUCUUCUAUUUUCUUUUCAGCUCUGUUGUCUCACAACUACAAAACAGGAAUGUUUACUUCAGGUUUUGGUGGUUGCUUCUCUGUUAGAAACACAGCUUUCCAGGCACGGCCAGACAGGAGGAGACAAUACCCUCGUGAGGGGCUUUUUACUCUAGUUUUUGUUCCUUUGUUCUGCUGGACUGUAGAUUGCUUAAGAAAUGAAGUCAAGACUUGCUUGCUGCUCUUUGCAUUCUGACUCGGUCCUGAGACCUCUCCAGCUGCCAUCUGCCCUGUGCCGAACAGGAGCCCUUCUGGCAGGCAGGUGGAGCCCAGUCGGUCGCCUGCAGACUAUUAACACCUGUUCUUGAGUGAUCUGUGUUCAUGAGAGAGAGAAGGGAAAGAGGAAACGUUCGGCCCUGCAUGCAGACAACCCCUGCUGCUCCCGCUCAGGGAGGACACAGACGAAGCAAGCAGAAGAAUCUGCCUGGCAGCAAAGAGGAGCAGGGCUCGGAGGGCAGGGGGUUUUCGGGAGCUGAGAGAAUGGAUGGGAAAUGGGUGACAUCCUUAGGACACUGAGGAAACUGCAGAGUCACCAGUGGAGCUCCAUAUUAAUGAGCACACACCCAUGGGAUUGAGGGGAAGGGGCAAGAGUCCUUUCUGUCUCCUUCACUCCACUCUUCUGGUAAUCACAGUCCUUUUACCCAUGACAAACUCCACUGAUGCACGAGACAACCUCAGAGCGCUGCACAGGCAGCGAGGAGGCUCCAGACUCAUUUUACCACUGCCUUAAACCACAGGCUUUCAUCUCACUCAGACGUGCUAAUAUUCCACUAGCUAACAGACAUGGAUGCUUAGACAUGUGACUGCAUGGGUCCAGCUGCAUAUUUGUGUGCAUCCAAAUGCACGCCUGGUCAUGUGCAUCUGACUAUACGUGCGUGUUUCUGUAGGAGUUGGGGCAGAUUGGUGUGCACUGCUGUCCCGGUGUGCAUGUACGCACCUGGGCAUGGGCACGUGUGUUAUAAUCACAAGAGAAGUGCUGCUGUCCCACAGGGAGAGAGGGCAAGCAGUAGCUUGUUCUCCCCGGUGCCUGCCCCUGUCCUCUGGGGAAGGCUACGAUCAGACCUCCCACCCUUUCCAUGCCUGCGUGUAACAAAUGCUUCUGUCCCUCGUAAUCCACAACGCAUCUGGAGAUCAGUGUUUGGAAAGAGGCAGCCAUGACCAAGGGAAGAUUUUCCCAUCACAUAUGGUCUAGGUGCGACUAAACCAGGCAAGGAGACCACUGCCCCCGCUUUCCCCCCCUGCAAAAAUAACCACAAGGACAAUGCUAAACUAUCCCAAUGUAGAGGACUCAUGCAGUGCUGCUUCUGGCUGCUGUCACCAUCCUUGCUGGGGAGCAGAGGCCCCAAAAAACUCCUGCUGCUGACGAGGCCAAGGAUGAUGCUAGCAUUCAUGAGAAGAACAAUACCGAUCCCUCGCCUUGCGGACACCAGCUUCGCCUCGCCAGCAGAACCCAGCUGGGGGUUCCUGGCAUCGUCGCCGGUCGUGACAAGCCAGCUCAUCUCCUUCCUGGAGGCAGCGUCUGGUACCCGGGCAGUCGGGCUGCACAGCAGUCUCCAGAUUGACCGUUGGGUACUAAGGCGACAGUCCAAAUAGCAGAGCUUCGUAGGCAGAUCUCAACGCGCUCCGUUAACAGGGUUCCUUGAGCUGCUGAAACUGAGGCAGAGGCCAAAGCAAUGUGCUGCUCCCAUCUUUGAGCACAAGUGUAUUCUUCUCUACACUAGAAAUGGCUGCAGGCCACCUUGCAGGGACACUAUAGCAAACCCUCAAUGAGGAAACCUACCUAAAAAUCCAUUUUUCUGAUACAUGGGCUACCAAUAGUCAUGCCUCUUGGUGGCCCAUUGAGCUGCUGUUAUACACAGAUGUACGUGGCCGGUGAUCGACAGCACUGGUACGCGUUCUUGAACCUCUGAUGACCGCACCUUGUCCCUCUGUGUAUGGCACUGAGCUCAGGGAAUGGCCGAUGACGGGCUUGCUGGCAAGUGUUGAACCAAGAGUUGGGGAUCUCCAAUUAACUGAUUAACGUACACAGCUUAAAAAAAACCCAUAGAUUUUUAACCUGUAUCAGUGUAUUUGUUUAAAGAACAAGAAGUACCUGGCAAAAUGCAAAGGUGCAUUGUGGGAAGCUGCUUUUCCUUCACACCAGCAUUCCCUGAGUGCCCCCCGCCCCCGCCCCCAGCCUGCACAGCCAGGAAACAUGGUUUUUAACUGACUCGGCCUGUUUAGCUUUCAUCUAAGCGUGUGCGUGUGUGUGGGCUGUUUUUACAGGUCUGAUGCAGAAAUUCAAUCAUGAAGUUAACCAAGGAUCUGGAGAGUAUCCUACCUAAAAGUUCACUUAUCUCUAUUUAUUUUACAAAAAGAAAAAAGCUAUAAAAAAAGAUUAAAUAAACCAUGCGAUUGCAACGUGAGAGUAAAAUGAUUACAGACAAUAAAUGGUUAAUAAAAAAGACAGGCAGAAGUG